AUGAUUCCCUGGACGGGAUCUUCGACAAGGUCAAGCAGACCGCCCCUCAUUCACAAGAGCGGCGGAGGUACUGGCUUCGCCUUCAGUCGGCUGAGGCCGGAAGGAGACGUCGUUGGCUCCACGGGCGGCGUCGCCAGCGGACCGGUAAGUUUCAUCCGCGCCUUUGAUACUGCCACUGACGUGGUCAAGCAGGGAGGCACCCGCCGCGGUGCAAACAUGGGCAUCCUCGACGUUACUCACCCUGACGUCAUGAAGUUCAUCCGCUCUAAGGAAAGCGGCCAAGCCUUGGUUAACUUCAACAUAUCGGUGGGCGUCAACGUCGAUUUCAUGGAGAAGGUCAAGCGGGGGGACUCUUACGACCUGGUCAACCCGCGUACCGGCAAGAUAACCGGCCAGCUGAACGCCCGUGAGGUGUUCGAUCUGCUGGCCGAGAUGGCCUGGAAGACUGGCGAUCCGGGCUUGGUUUUCCUCGACAUCAUCAAUCGCGAUAACCCAAACCCGCAGCUGGGCAGGAUCGAGAGUACCAAUCCCUGCGGAGAGCAGCCGCUUCUCCCCUACGAAUCGUGCAACCUCGCCUCGGUCAACCUGGCGCGCAUGGUGCAAUACGAAGGCGGGGACGUUUCCAUCGACUGGGACCGGCUGGCCGAAACGAUCGAGGUCGCGGUCCACAUGCUGGAUAACGUCAUCGACAUGAACGAAUACCCCAUCCCAGAGAUCGCCGAGAUGAGCAGGAAAACCCGGCGCAUCGGCCUGGGAGUGAUGGGGUUUGCCGACCUGCUGGUGCAGCUGGCCAUACCCUAUGACUCACCAGAAGCCCUGGACACUUCCGAGCAGGUGAUGGGUUUCAUCAAGGACGAGACCCACCGGGCCUCAAUGCAGCUUGCCUUGGAUCGCGGCCCGUUCCCGGCUUGGGAGGGCAGCAUAUACAACGGCCGAAACGGCGAUGAGUCGCGCCUGAUGCGGAACUCAGCGCCCACGACCAUCGCGCCUACCGGCACCAUCAGCAUCAUCGCCGGAGCUUCCAGCGGUAUAGAGCCCCUGUUCGCGCUGGGAUACGUCCGCAACGUCAUGGACAAUACCCGUCUGGUCGAGAGCAACCCGUACUUCGAGGCGGUUGCGCGCCACGAGGGCUUCUACUCCGAGGAGCUCAUCGAGGAAAUAGCCCGCACCGGCACCCUUGAGGGGUUGGAAGUGCCGGACUGGGUCAAGGACGUCUUCCGCACCUCUCACGACAUUUCCCCGGAAUGGCACGUGAGGAUGCAGGGCGCCGCGCAGGCCCACACUGACAACGCCGUUUCCAAGACGAUCAACUUCCCUCAUACAGCCACAGUGGAGGACGUCGCCCAGGCAUACAUGCUGGCUUACGAGCUUGGCUGCAAGGGCAUCACCGUCUACCGCGACGGCAGCAAGGACGGGCAGGGACCCGACUCUCUCGAAUAA